CUCACUUCCAUCAACAUGUCCAGCAACUGCUGCUCCGGUGCCUUCUCCUGCAACUCCUUUGGGGGCUAUCGGCGCUGUCCCAGCUCUUCCUACCCCAGCAAUCUGGUCUACCGCACCGACGUUUGCUCUUCCAGCCCCUGCCAGCUGGGAUCCUACUUCCCCAGGGACUGCCGGGACACCUGCUCUGAGCCCGUCAGGUGCCAGUCAUCAGUCGUGCUUCCCCGUUCCUGUCAGACGUCCUGCUUCCAACCAAGGUCCUCCAUCGUCUGCAGUCUCCGCGAGACUUACACUGGGUCUCUGGGCUGUGACUCCUACAGCAGCCGCUCCCUGGGCUUUGGGUCGAGAAGCUCCUGCUCAGUGGGAUGCGGAUCUCGGGGCUUCAGAUCCUGCGGCUUCCCCUUCCUGAGCUCUGGAACCAGAUUCUGCAGCCCUGCCUACUUCCCUUCCAGAAGUUUCUAUUCAUCUUACUAUCAGCCCCUCUACACCUUUGGCUUUUACUGA